UCAGCUUUAAUGCUGGGAUCAGCGCGUGCGCGAAGGGCGAGCAGUGGCAGCGGGCCCUGGCGCUGCUGGGCGAGAUGUGGGAGGCGAAACUGGAGCCCAAUGUCAUCAGCUACAGCGCUGGGAUCAGCGCGUGCGCGAAGGGCGAGCAGUGGCAGCGUGCGCUGGCGCUGCUGAGCGAAAUGGGGGAGGCGAAGCUGGAGCCCAAUGCGAAGCUGGAGCCCAAUGUCAUCAGCUACAGCGCUGGGAUCAGCGCGUGCGACAAGGGCGAGCAGUGGCAGCGGGCGCUGGCGAAGCUGGAGCCCAAUGUCAUCAGCUACAGCGCUGGGAUCAGCGCGUGCGAGAAGGGCGAGCAGUGGCAGUGUGCGCUGGCGCUGCUGAGCGAAAUGGGGGAGGCGAAGUUGAAGCCUGACGCCGUCAGCUACAGCGCUGGAAUGAGCGCUUGCGAGAAGGGCAAGCACUGGCAGUGGGCGCUGGCUCUGCUGAGCGAGACGCUGGACGCGAAGCUGAAGCCUGACCCCUUGUCAGCUACAGUGCUGGGAUCAGCGCGUGCGAGAAGGGCGAGCAGUGGCAGUGGGCGUGUGCGCUUUUGA